AUGAAUGUGCGCUUUCUCCUGACUACCACAGACCUGGGAAGCGUAUCAGUAUCACCGGUUGAAGGCGUCUCCGAGCUUCAAGAGGCUCCUUCGGGCACGAUCUGGUCUCGACCCAAUGUAGACGAUGCCAAUGUCUACAAACAAUCGACCAGCGACAGGCGUCAAGUACUUCCAAAUUUCGAAACCCCGCCAGUCUCAGACGGCGAUCGUGCGAAGGGCGAGUACACCUACCACACAGAUACUCCUCCACAAGGAACCGCAACGGACGACUCGACCCACGCCAGCAGCUUCAGCUCUGGAAGACCAGUGUCACCGGACUCGACAUCAGACACCAACAGCUAUUCAGACCGUACAACGGACAACAAGCCUCGGCCGCCCCGCCCAGCAUACAAUGAGGAACAGAGGUUCUUCAUCAUGUUCUCACGCAUAGUCCUCUACCAAUCUUGGCCGGAGAUCGAGCAUGGCUUCGGCGAACUCUUCGGACGAAACGCCGUCCCGCGCAGCCGAGGCGGCCUCACAUCAGUCUACUACCGCGUCCGCAAGCGCUGGGGACUGGAGGAAGUCCUGAAGACUGACAACGAGGCAACAUACAGUGACCGAUUCGAGGUCGGCCGACGAGCGCAGUGGAUGUCGCCAGCCUUUCUCGAUCGGAUCGGCUACCCAGGAACCUAUCAGCUCAGUCGAUCUCGAUUGGCGGAGUAUCGAUGA